AGUAACAUAUUACUUUCUGGCAUGCCCAACAAAACCGCCGAGUACCAGGGGCCAUUUCUCGAAAAGACCUUCAACAUCUCCGCCAAUAUCGCACCCCUCUUCCUGGAGGCUCGCCUGCCAGUGUGUUCGGACCAUCCCGACAGCUGCUCACCCCUAGAUGACGUCCCCAUCCUGCUCUUCUCCCCUGGCUACAGCAUCCCUCGCCUUUAUUAUAAUGUCCUCGCCUCCGCCAUCGCCAGCGACGGCUUCAUAGUUAUCACCAUCGAUCACCCCGAGGACGCCAACAUCAUUAUCUAUUCCGAUGGCCACGCAGUCUACAACAACGCCUCCAUACUGAGCAGGCCCACCUGGGACGAGUACCCUCGUGCCGUCGACGCAUCCUUUGUUAUCGACCAGCUGAGCAACGCGACCGCCAUAGCUGAGCUGCUACCCCAACGCGGGCCCCGACCGUUCGCGACUGACCGCGUCGCCAUGCUGGGACACUCUGCGGGCGGUUCCUCCGCCAUCGUCGCCGCCAGCCGGGACCCUCUCAUUCGCGGCGCGGUCAAUUGGGACGGCACCAUCCUCGGAUCGCCGCCCCUUUCGGGACUGUCCCAGCCAGUGCUAUUCAUGACCCGUGGAAACACUAUCUAUUCGUCCUGGCUGGCGGCGUGGCCGCAGCUGAAGGGGGCGAAGUUGGUCGUCCACGUCGCGAACUCGACCCACCAAACCUUCUCGGACGUGCCCACACUGUUCCAGGCGGCUGGAUAGGACACGGCGCCAUUCGCGGAUGUGUUGGGCACGAUUGCGCCGGCCGAGAUGGUGCUGAUCCUGACGGCGUAUACGACCGCGUGGAUGAAUGGGGCGUUCACAGGUAAGGAAGGAGGGGCGCUGCUGCAAGGGCAGGAGACGGGCAAGUUUCCUGAGGUCUCAAUUCUUAUGAAAGGCAAUUUUUAAAAUGAUGAGAGACAUCUCGCGAGAUAGGCACAACUUGCUAUCUUUGAUGGUCCGUAAGCGAGUUUGCUCAGGAGCUUUCAGCCUUUGAG